AUGAGGUCCCGUUUGGAGUACUGGCAUUCUGGUCUGGAACUCCCAACACAAGAAAGAUAUGAAGCCGUUGGAAUAGGUUCAGAGGGCCACGAAGAUGAUCAGAAGUCUGGAGCACUCCUCCUACAAGGAAAGGCCGACAAAGCUGGGCUUUUUCAGCAUCUGUUUGGAACAAUAGUCUGGAUUUUGGUAGCUUCUACACAAGUUCCACUGCCACUGCUGCAAGGAUGGGUAAUGUUUGUAGCAGUGACUGCGUGGUUCCUGUCCAUUGUGUUCCUGUGUGUGUUUCUCUUCGGUUAUGCAAACAGAAUCGCUGUCAACUGGAACCAGACAGACUUUCUUUUCCACGGUGCUACUUUUGUAUUUUAUUUCGGAGCUUUUCUACUGCAAGCAGCAACUACAUCUCUGCAUCACUACCCUCGCAGAUUAAAUUCCACAACAUACGUGAGGAUUCUAGGUGAUCACGAAUAUAACAUAAGCAUAGCAGCCUCGAUUUUUGCCUUUGCCACAGCUAUUUGUUAUGGUUUCAGCACAGCCCUGGCAUUGAGGAGAUGGAAGCUAUAGCAGUUGAAGAAACUUUGAUUCCUCCACUUCAGAUCAAAUUAAGUACUACUUGUCUGUUUUACUGUAAUGUAAUUCUAAAAAGACUUUUUGCUUAAAAUUUGUUUCCAAGUGCUGAAAUGCAAAUAACCCUUAAUCAGGAUUUAUUUAAAAGAAGACAAGUUUCUGUCUCUUCGUUUUUUUAUUUUUUACUUUCAUUGGGAACUCCUUAUAAACGUUAUUUGCUGAAUUGUAAUCCAGAGGUCAGAGAUAAACAUAUGUUACUAGCAGAUAACUGAAUUCUGGUACUAAACCAGAAGAACAGGAAGAAAACUGAAACUAAACAGACGUGUUAUCUGCAUAGGCAGCUAAAAAAGCUACCCCCCUUGUUAAGUCCUGGGAUUGGGCUCUACGUGUGCUGCAGCAUUACAGUGUGUUCCACACGGGUGGGGCCUCGAGGCUCUUUAUAGAGUCACUGAUCUUGUGUGUGCUGCUCUUUGCAUGAUCAGAGUCCAGUCUGACUGUGAUAUCAGCUUAGUACGUGUUAUUAACUUUGUACAGAGAAAAUAUUUUAAAUAUCCAUCCAGUGCAAUCUUUCAUUGUUGUUUUACAACCAUAUUCAGCUAUGGUGAUCUGAUCAUUCCAGCUUAUUGUAUUCUUUAGUAGAUGGAAGAUGUCUGGGAUUGUCAAACAGUAAGUAGUUGAUUAGUUUUAGAAAAUCAGCUCAAUCAGAUCUAUUUAUAUGCAAAACAAACAGUGCAUUUGUGUGGUGUCUGUAUAUAAGUGGCAUAAAUUUGACAGGAAUAUUUACACUGUUUUACUUUGUGGAAAUACAGCUUUGUUUUUGUAACUUAAGUGCUGCUUUUGUUACUUACUAUGUGAAUCAACAUCAUUUGAAUGGAAUGUUACCAGAUAGUGACUAUUGUCUGACCUCAAUUCUUGCAGUGCAGUAUUUGGUACAUCCUGAUUUUGGGUUGUGUUGUAAAGGUGUUUUUAUUUGGACAGAUGCCUAUGCAACACCUUUCUGAAAGCAGUGAAAUGCAAAGCAGUCCGCUCAUUACAGAGUUGGCUUUUGGCAGAAAGGAAGGUUAAUUGAAUAUUCCAGUUGUGUAAUGACACAAUUAUAAAUACAAAAUUAAAUAGGGCAUUGUGCCCUGCUCCUUAACAACUCUUGUCGCUAGUGCCAAAUUGAUAAUCUGGGAGCAUAAAAGUUCCCUGUCAUUCACAGAACUUUUUGCUCACUGCUUCUUGCCGUUGCACCUUACACUUCUGCAGAGUCUGCACCUUAGAAUUCUACAGAGAACAGUGAUGGUUGGGUGAGGGAAGACAUGAUGUUCCUCAUUCCCAGACCUGCUCUUUCUCCUUGAUCCAACCAACAUGAGUGCCUGUUAUGGAGGGUACUUGCCAAAUUUGUCAGGAACAAGGAUCUCUGAGAGGUGCCAACCUUAUGGAGUCCUUCAGUCCCUGCUGACCCAGCACAGAGGUUUUUAUCAGUGACACAGCAGUGAGUGGCAGCCUUUCCAACUUCUGGAACCACUCAGUCCUGAAUUACUGCAAUGGGAUUUUUUUAUAUAUUUUGUUUUCUGAAAUUUUUGUCUUACAAAGAUUUUGUACUCUGCUUGAUUUUUUUAUUUUUUUUUUCCUAAUCCUUUACUUGCAUUGGAACUUGUUUUGUGAAUGUUUUAUCUAGAGCCAUAUACUUUAAAAAAAUAUUUCAUAUUGUAUAAAAUAUGUACAGUAACACUGGAGUAUAUGGCUGAAAAUGUUUAACAGACUUACCUAAGCAGCAUUAAAGUUACUUAAAAUGUUUAUGGUGGCAGUCUGGUUAUUAAUCCUCUGUUUGGAAGAUAGCAAAAAAUUAUGUGGCAAGAGAGAUUUUAUGGAAUCUCAGAAUCGUUUGAGUUGGAAGAGACUCCUGAAGGCCAUCUAGUCCAACUGCCCUGGAGUCAACAAGGGCACCUACAGCAGGCUGCUCAGAGCCACAUCCAGCUCUUUCUUCUGAAAGAUUACUUGUGAGUACAAAUAUACACCCAUGCAAAUUCAUAUAUAUGUGCUUAUGUGUGCACAAAGAUAAUGCAUUUCAUUAUCGUGCAGAAAAUGAACUUCCAGGGCACAUUUAAAAAUAGGUGCUCUUGAUGCCUCACGUAGAAAAUUAAGCCUAAGGUUUCUUAAGAAGGCACAGUUUCAUUAGUGUUAGAUUUGUUUAGUGAUCUGCACAAAUGUUAGUGAGGAGAAGUGCAAGGUCAGCUUCAACAACACUGUAAAUAGGCACAGCACUUUGGUAUGGUUACUUCCUCACCCUGCAGCCUAGAUGUGUACUGCACACUACAGAGUAUGCAUGCCACAGCCCCUGCAACCAACUGGGAUGAUGAGGGAGAAAUCUUAGUUUUUUUGCCUGUUUAAACUUACAGAAAAGGAAUGACAUGUGACGUCAGUUAAAAAGCUGACCAAGUUUAGUAGGUCUUUGGUCGGAGUUCAAACCUGAGGUGUAAAGAUGAUUAGUGGGUUUGGUUUAAAUCUCUUAAUCUACUUACAAAGCCCAGAUAGCAAAGUGCAGGUAGAAUAGCUUGGGAACUAUUUGCAUAGUGAGAAAAGGCUAAACUUUCCUUCUUAACUAUUAAAGACAAACAAAGGGCAGAGAAGAAAUAAAGGUAAGAGCUACGGUAAUGAAGAGGUGGCUUUCAUGGCUAACGAGGGCAUAAAUGUUCUGCUAGUAUGCAAGGAAUCUUAAUGGUCUUUUAGGAAAACCAAAGGAAAGAUACACCAGAACAAGGAAGCAGUUGCAUUCUUAGGAGGAAAAACAAACAAACAAAAAAACCCUGACCCAGCAACCAGUAAUUAAUUUGAUAUUACCUUAUACAUAACUAAUAUGACAGGGGUGACUCGCAAAUAGUACGUGUGUGCAUGCUGCAAAGUCUUUACGCAAAUACUUAGGAGAGUAACACAACUAUUGCGAUAGUUACUACAGGUGUGGGCUGAUUCUUACACAUAUCAUUCUUUUCUCUUAAAUGUUCAGAAAUACCCCCAAGCCUAUGACUGGUGACACUGAAGAACACAAGCUUAUGUCUUCAAAGAAUGGAAGGGGCUGGGAAGAAGAUAGGGAUAUUUACUGUUACAGUAAAUUCAAGGUGAAAGGAAUGAGGCUACAGAUGCCGAACGGUGCUUUCAUCAGAUGUCUCUAUCUAAUGUGAAGCUACAGUGCAGGAGAAUCGAAG